CUAUUAGUCUUAUUAAAAGAUCAUAUAACCAAAAUACACGUCAUAGUAAUCACUGAGCCUAAUAUCAAUUUCAAUAUGCUAAACUUGUAUAAAAUUGAAGGAUUUGAAUGCAAUAGCGUGACACGCGCGGGGCGGCGCGGGGGUGGGGUGUUGGUAUACUCGCGAACGCAGCUGGCCGCACAGCCGUGUGUAGCGCCACUGUCCGCGGACAUGCGCUCGGCAGAGUACGUAAUGGUCAAGUUUGAUCAUGGGACAGAACCCACUUAUAUAAUAUCUAUCUAUAGACCUCCUAGAAUAAAUAAAAAAGACAAGGUGACAGAAUUUCUUCACGAAUUUAGAUUACUUUUAGAAAAUUUGCCAUCAAACAACAAAAUUAUAUUCUGUGGAGAUAUUAAUAUUAACUUAUUAAACUCGUCAGAUACAUCGGUAAUCAUUUACGAAAACUUGUUAGCUGAGUUUGGAUUUACAAAGUGUAUUCAUAAUAUCACUAGAAGGGAAAUUUUAAAAGGAAAUUUAGUAGAAUCUUGUUUAGAUCAUAUAUACAUUCGUGCACCUAAUGCAACCAUUAAUUCUGCUGUUAUUGAACAUAAAAUUUCAGACCAUUACUGUAUAGCUGCAGCUUUAGAUUGGAACUCACGGCCGCGAACAUCAAACCGCGUACGCGCCCGCUCCGCUCAUGGCGGUGGGGCCGUACCUCAGCGUCCCGCGAUUUCUACGAAUCCCGCGCACGUGACCUCCGCGCCCGCGCAAGUGGCCGUUUCCCGGAAUUUAACUCGACGAGUCCUUGACAACCGCGCGGUACGCGAAAUGUUGCUAUGCAGUAAUUUUGAUGAUUUAAUGCGUAUAGAUUGUCCUAUCAAACUUUAUGAGGCUAUUAGAAAUUUAUUUACCAAUAUUUAUGAGAGUUGUUAUAUAAGUGUAAAUAUUAAAAAUAGUAGUAAUAGUAAUAGAGGUAAUAAUAAGUGGAUUAGUGAAGAUAUGAAAAAAAUGAUGUUAGAAAGAGAUAGAUUAUUUAAAAUUUGGAGUAAUGAGCCUAAAAAUAUGAUAAAGCGUCUUAACUAUACGACUUAUAGAAAUAAAUGUAUGAAAACUUGUUUAAAGCGUCGAAAUGAAUAUGAUAAACAGUGUAUUCUAGAUUGUAAUAAAAAUAUUAAAAAAAUAUGGGAUAAAUUGAAUUCACUUUUGGGUAACGAUAAACAAUCUUUAGAUGAUAUUAUUACGAAAAGUAUGAACAAUCAGAGUAAUUUAACGGAUAUAUGUAACAACUUUGCAGCUUCGUUUUCUGAUGAGAUAGAAGAUAUAAAACAUAUUUGUAAUGAUACGUGGUUGGAUAGAGAUACUUAUGUAAGCAAGCCCAGCGUGAGCAUGAGAUGGUCACCAGUCAGCAGCAAGCAGGUAGCUAAAGUUAUAAGUAGCUUAAGUGCCGAUAAGUCUGCUGGUAGCGAUCUCGUACGCAUGCGGGACUUGAAGCUUGUGGUAGAGCAAAUUAGCCCCGUUAUUGCUAAGUUGACUAAUUUAUGUGUAAAACAUUCAAAGUUUCCCGAUAAACUUAAAGAAGCAUUAGUGCGUCCGAUACAUAAGAAAGGUGAUAAAAAGAACUACUCUAAUUAUAGACCAAUAGCUAUUUUAUCCAGUAUUGAUAAAAUCAUAGAGAAGUGUAUUAUUAAUCAAAUUGGAACUUUUUUACGCUCUAAUAAUGUAUUAAGCGAAUGUCAACACGGCUUUCAGAGAGGAAAAAGCACGGGCACACUUCUGUCAAAGUUCACAGAUGAAGUUAAUAAUUAUUUAAAUGAUAAAAACAUAGUUCUGGCUGUAUUUUAUGAUUUUAAAAAGGCCUUCGAUACCCUGCAGCAUGAGACGCUGUUACGAGCCAUGGAGGAGUGCGGGGUGGGGGGGCCGCUGAACCGCUGGUUUCGUGACUACCUCACUGCGCGUUCCUUCUCCGUGCGUGUUGGAGAAGCGCACAGUAUACCGGUGGAUGUACGCUGUGGCGUUCCGCAGGGAUCCGGGUGUGGACCUGUGUGCUAUUUGAUGCACGUAAACAGCCUAUGUAACGUGCUCAAACAUAGUUCCGCUCACAUGUUCGCAGACGACCUGUGCACGCUGCACGCGGGCACCGACCUCACCGCCAUGCUGCGGCUCGUGCAGCAGGAUAUCGACAGUGUAGUCAGAUGGUCUCAUGAUAACGGCAUUGUACUAAAUACUGACAAAACUAAAUUAUUAAUUAUUCAUUCACCUUAUUCUAGAUUACCGGAUAACGUUUGUUGUAACUUAGUUACUCAUAGUUUCACUUGUCUUCAUAGUAAUAAUAAUAUUUGUGACUGUAAACCUAUCGAAAGAGUACCAUUUGUGACCUAUUUGGGUAUGAGAGUGGACGAGCAUUUUGCUUGGACCUACCACAUAGAUUAUAUAUGUAAUAAGUUAAGAAUACUACUUGAUAAAUUCUAUCAUCUCAGAUUUAAAGUUCCUACUAAUAUACUAAAAUGUAUGUAUAUGGCUUUGGUUGACUCCAUAGUGUCCUAUGGGCUGGAUUGCUAUGGUUUAACCUUUAAGUCACAUAUAAAUAAAAUAGAAUCACUUCAAAUAAGAUUUCUCAAAUUACUAGUCAGUAGGAAAACAAAAAAUAAGUGUAAUGGAAAUUAUACAACACUAUUUAAGAUUUGUAAUGUACUUCCUGUUAGUCUAAAGCACACCUAUUUAUUAAUAUUAAAUAACCAUAGCAAUCCAGACCAUAGAGAACUUGUUGAGCAUGGCCAAUGUACGCGGACGAUGUCGACGGGUAGGUAUGUUGUACCACGUGUCAACAACUACUUCGGUGACAGAACACUCCGUAAACGCAUACCGUAUCUGUACAACAUGCUGCCGGUCGGCAUACGUCAGGAGUGCAAUAUAAAUAAAUUUAGAAAAUCUUUAUUUAAACAUCUCAUGCAAAAGAUCUCUUAGCUAUAAGUUAACUUUAAGUAUCUUAAACAUUAAGCGAACUCCACUCCCACAGACAAACCGAGGAAUUGGUUUUGUGGGGUUUUUAUUGUACUAAUAUUUUCUGUAUUUCUUAUGAAA